AACCAUGGCGGGAGGCAUGAAAGUGGCGCUGUCGGCGGCAGUUGCUCCGGGGUCCCGGUGCUGGGGGCCCAGGGGCUGGGGCCCAGUGUGGCUGCUCUUGAUCGUCUCUGCGUGCUCGGGCUGCGGCUCAGCUGGAAGUGGUGUAAAUGUGGCCAUGCUUCAGGAAUCCCAAGUUUAUGUUAUGAAUACCGAUCAACAAUUCUGUUAUAAAAAUCUGCUUAUCCCAAAGUGGCAUGAUAUAUGGACACGGAUACAGAUCCGGGUAAAUAGUUCCAAAUUGGUCCGAGUCACCCAAGUGGACAAUGAGGAGAAACUGAAGGAGCUAGAGCAGUUUAGUAUCUGGAACUUUUUUUCCUCCUUUUUAAAAGAGAAAUUGAAUGACACCUAUGUUAACGUGGGUCUAUACAGCACAAAAACCUGCCUCAAAGUUGAGAUUAUAGAGAAGGACACCAAAUACAGUGUCAUUGUGACCCGGAGAUUUGACCCCAGACUAUUCCUUAUUUUCCUUCUUGGACUCAUGCUAUUUUUUUGUGGAGAUUUGCUGAGCAGGAGUCAAAUUUUCUUCUAUUCCACUGGAAUGAGUGUGGGAAUUGUGGCCUCUCUACUAAUCAUCAUUUUAGUACUAUCCAAAUUCAUGCCCAAGAAAAGUCCCAUUUACGUCAUCCUGGUGGGAGGCUGGUCCUUUUCUCUGUACUUCAUUCAGCUAGUCUUUAAGAAUUUACAAGAGAUCUGGAGGUGUUACUGGCACUAUCUUCUAAGCUACAUUGUCACGGUUGGAUUCGUGAGUUUUGCCGUGUGCUACAAGUAUGGGCCCUUGGAGAACGAACGGAGUAUCAACCUGCUGACCUGGACCUUGCAGCUCGUGGGCCUGGGGUUCAUGUAUUCCAGCAUCCAGAUACCACAUAUUGCCUUUGCUCUUAUCGUCAUUGCACUGUGUACUAAGAAUCUGGAGUAUCCUAUACAUUGGCUGUACAUCACCUACAGAAAGAUGUGUAAGGCAGCAGAAAAGCCUGUCCCCCCUCGUCUCCUGACCGAAGAAGAGUAUCGGAUACAAGGAGAGGUGGAGACCAACAAGGCUUUAGAGAAGCUCCGAGAAUAUUGUAACAGUCCAGACUGCCCAGCUUGGAAGACUGUUUCUCGAAUCCAGUCUCCAAAAAGAUUUGCUGACUUUGUGGAAGGUUCUUUCCACCUCACGCCAAAUGAAGUUUCUGUCCAUGAACAGGAGUAUGGAUUAGGGAGCAUUAUUGCCCAAGAGGAGGAACUGUCCUCUGAGGAGGAGGGCUCAGUUUCUCAGUACCCCACUGUCACACAGAACAACUUCCUGACCUAGAGAGCAGUCAUUUAUUCUCGCGUAGCUUGUUGGUGCCUUGGUGGUCCAUGUUGUAACUGCUGUGCAGUUUUUCUAGGCCUUUAAAAUAGGCUGAAGAUAGUGCAGACAUUCUCCUACUGAAAUGAAAGGACUGACUGGGUCUCCUUGGAGCAGUGCUCUGUGUGGUCCUCAAGGGGGCCUUGAGAAAGAGUAGAGAAAGUAGAGUUUGCAUUUUGCUUCCUACAGGUUAUGAGCCCACUUUUCUGUUCCUAAAGAAAGUGGAUGGCCACAGCUAGCAUGUUGUAGCUCUUCUUUGAGAGUUAGUUGAUUAAUCAUGGCAAUUCUGUCACUGGUUGACCUUCCAAAGUGAGUGGAUUUUUCUUUUCCUUUCUUUCUUUUUU